UCCCCCUUUAGCAGCUCCAUCAGUGGCUUUGGGCUGGGCCACAAAGAACAAGAUCCCUUUAUAACGCCGCGUCCGCGACGAGGAAGCGGGUGGAAAGACAAGCGAGUCCCAGAAGACGCUUAAACUUACUUAUUUCGCCUCCUUCUUUCAACUGCUGCUUUGUUUUGCACUUCCGUGUCCUGCUGGGUAGACUCCACCACCUGGGAGACCUUGCCUUGAAGACUUCACACUCACUGAGGUCAUUGCCUUCCAAAGAACAAGAACAAGAACAUUAAGAUGCUGCAGGAGAUGGGCUCCCACGCUAUGGAUAUCUACGACUACCUCCUGAGUGGGAUCGAUCCACGCAUGACAAUGUAUCCGCUGAUGCAGACCCCGGUGGCGAUGUCCGCCAUCCUGCUGUGCUACCUGUUCUUUGUACUGUACCUCGGACCUCGCAUCAUGGCGAACCGCAAGCCCCUGCAGCUGAAGGAAGCCAUGAUCACCUACAACUUUGCCCUCGUGGCACUGUCAAUAUUUAUCGUCCACGAGUUCCUGAUGUCCGGCUGGCUGAGCACCUACACCUGGCAAUGUGAUCCCGUCGACACCUCCGACAGUCCUGAAGCGACAAGGAUGGUGAGGGUGGCCUGGCUUUUCUGGUUCUCCAAAAUCAUUGAACUCAUGGACACGAUCUUCUUUGUGCUGAGGAAGAAAGACGGCCAGAUCACCUUCCUUCACAUCUUCCACCACUCGUUCAUGCCCUGGACCUGGUGGUGGGGAGUGGCCUACGCCCCAGGUGGAAUGGGCUCCUUCCACGCCAUGAUCAACUGCUCCGUCCACAUCGUCAUGUACUUCUACUACGGCCUCUCCGCAGCCGGCCCCCGCUUCCAGAAGUUCCUCUGGUGGAAGAAGUAUAUGACCGCCAUUCAGCUGGUCCAGUUUGUGCUGGUCUCCCUCCACGCUACACAGUACUACUUCAUGGACACCUGUGACUACCAGUUCCCCAUGGUCAUUCACCUCAUCUGGGUAUACGGCACCUUCUUCUUCGUCCUCUUCUCCAACUUCUGGAUCCAGGCAUACGUUAAGGGCAAGCGGUUGCCCAAGCAAGACUUGAAGCGAAGCCUGAACGGUGGCCACGCCCACACCAACGGCAAGCACAGUGAGAACGGCACCAGCAACGGCCAUGCCAUUAGCAAGAAAAGCGACUCUUCUCAAAAUGAGAACGGCAGCUCCAUCCUCAGCAAAAUGAAGAAGGCCUAGGGUUCUCUAGAGUGAAACCGCCAAGAUGAAUGACUGUGUGAGCCCACACAAACCACCAUGGAUUCCAAAGAAUAUUUUGGUUGUGUUUCUUGUCUAGCGUUGCUUUUUUUGUCUUGCCUUUUUAAUUGACAAAAAGACAACUUUGAUUGGGAGAAAAUGUCUGUUCUUUGUUUUGUCUUUCUAUGCGUUCCCUCCACUGAUGUUGCCAAUGUCUUCACAGUUCAGUAUCACCAGAGUCCCAUUCCAAUGUAAUUUCGCAGCCCACGGUCAUUGAACCACUCACCCCGAACUGCUAACCCUCCUUAACACCCUGUGGAUGGAUUGUUGUACAGUUUAUAUGGAACUUGGACUUUGCAUAUUGUAAAUAUAUUUGCCACACACAAGCUAAUUACAUUGGUAUGCUUUGAAUGUUCUAAGGUUUGUUAAUAUAUUUUCCAAUCCAACCAAUUUCAAUAAUAGCAUUUUAUAUUACCAAUGCCUUUUUAGUUUAAUAUUUCCAGUUCCUGGAAAAGAGCAAGUCUUUUGUUGUGUGGAAUAAACUUUUACAAUUACAUCUUUGGGGUUGAAAUGCUUUGCAGGGAACAUUUGUAUUUUUCUACUGCUGGUGAUUUUAAGCGGCCAGCGUCCCAGUUGGGUAUCAACUUGACAUGAAUGUAAACCCCUCUGCCAUCCCAACUAUGUAGAGCCCGUAGGAAGUAAACAAGGAAGCUAUUCUGCAUUGUUAGCGGCUUCAUCAGUAGAGCUGCAGAGCAAGCAUCCUUUAGAGUAGCAGAACUCCCACCCCCCUCUGUUCGGCGGGGGAGCCACAGGGUUUGUCUUCGUCAAGAACAAGGCUAUCGGGUGUCGUGAUCAUUUCUCGUUUAGUAUUAUGAGGCAUUGAGUUAAAGGCAGGAUUGUGUGUGUAUUGACAAUGGGAUAGAUAACAAGUCCAUCUGUUGAGUGAAAAUAUUUGAAAAACAGUCUAUUAAUCUGUCCACGGUCCUAUAGUCUGCAGAUGUAAGGCCUUAAUAACUUACUUGGAAAGGCAAAUGGAAUGACGAAGUAAAUGCCAAAGCUCAAACCAUACAAUUCUUUCAAUAUAAAAGCCUAAUUUCUACUACUAUGAAGGAUACAUACAUGUGCAGCCUGUAUGUGUGCCAUGAAAAGGAUGCCUCUUGAUUAAAGUGUCUACUGAAGCUUU